UGGUAGUGAAUAAAACAAUUUGACACAUAUACACCAUCAUUUUGGGACCAUAUUUAACUUAUUAAAAUAAGCACCCAGUACCAGCAGUGGUCAUUACAGUGCACUACAUAACAGUCAUCAAGAUGACUGCCCCAAGCAUUUGUAGUGACACAACAGAAGCAGUGGACUUGUUUGAACCUCAGGGACUCUACCUCAAACCCAUUGCAAGGAUAAAUGUCAGUGUACAACUGCCUCAGCUUAAGUCACCAGGAAAGUCUAUAUCAAACUGGGAAGUAAUGGAAAAGGUCAAAGGUAUGGUUAAACCUCACCAGUUCGUCACCCUUAAGGUAGCCAAAAGCACCUUGGAUUUCAUUCGUUUUGAAGGAGAAACGGAAAACAAGGCACUCAUUAAAACUCUAAUUGAUAGACUUGAUGGGAAGACUAUUAAACUGGUGGGCUUCCCAGAUCAACUCAAGGUCCGUGCGGCAGAGGCGAAACUGAAUUUUCCGUCCAGGCAUGAUUGGGAUUCCUUUUUCCGUGAUGCCAAAAACAUGAACGAAAUGAAAUUCGGAGAGAGACCCGACACCAUUCAUUUUAAGGAACUGCCAUGUAGGUGGUUCGCUAAUAAGAAAGACGAGAAUAAAGACAAACCUAGUGAGUAUAUCCUCAAGAAAGUGAUGGAGACUUUUGGGGAGGUCCGUUGUGUUGAUAUACCCAUGUUGGACCCCUAUCGCAGGGAAAUGUCCAAUAAAGCAGGCAUACAGACUUUUUCCUUUGGACAGGAUAUCACAUUUGAAGCCUUUGUACAGUAUAAGGAGUAUAUUGGAUUUGUAAAAGCCAUGACAGCCUUCAGAGGAAUGAAGUUAUUGUACAAAGAAGGGGAUGGAAAAGCUUACACUGCCAAUUCUAAGAUUGAUUUUGACAGGACCAAACACUUAACAGACAAAAACAUCAGGAAAAGAAGGAUAGAAAGAGACAAGUUAGAACAGUUAGAAAGAGAAAGAGAAGAAAAAGUUAGAAAAGAACGAGAGGAAGAGGAACGAAAAAAAGAAGAAGAAAGAAAAAGACUAGAAGAGGAGGAAAAGGAAAGGGAGCGAAAAAGAGAAGAAAAGCUCAGAAAGAGGGAGGAGAGAUUGCAAAGUAGAGAAGAAAAGAGGCGUCUGAAAAGAGAAGAAAGACGGAGAAAAGAGGAAGAGAGGAAGAUGAAGCUGAAGAUUGCUCUAGAGGAAAGAAAAAUCCUGAUUGCUCAAAGAAAACUGGAGACCAUACGCCUACUGGGGGAGCUUCUGUGCCGCGUCAAGGUUGUAAAGCAGCAAGAAGAGCUGAAACAAAGAGAGAAAGAACUUGAGGAAGAACAGAAGCGACGAGUGGAAAAAGAAAAGCAGGAAAAACUGAGGGCAGUGCAGAAAAAGCUAGAGUCUGAAAAACGAAAAAAAGAAAGACUGGAAAGGCAGGAAAAAGAACUGAGAGAUAAAAUACUAAAAAAUGUUAAACUUAUGGAAGAAAGGAAGCAAGAAAAAGAAAGGGAAUUUUUAAGAAAGAAAGUUGCUGGUCAGACACGGUUAAAGAGUGCAGUCAUCAUGAAGAAAUGACUGGCAGAGGUGCUGGCAGAGAGAGAAGAAAUGGAUAAGCAAUAAGGGGUCUAUUUCAUUUUUUUUUAACCUUUCUCCAAAAUCAUAUUUCCCUUCAAUUUAUGAAACAUUCCUUUUUGAAAACAAGUCUUAUUUAUUCAGGAAAAGUGGAAUUUUUCCUCGCAAAAUAACUAAGAUUCUUCUGGUUUGCAUUUUCCAGACAUGCAGCAGUAUAUUACUUUUCUCAAGAUACAAAGUGAUACCUUUUCUUGUAUUAACGAAUCCAUCUCUCUGUUCUCUGUCAGUGCCAAGCUCCAGUCAUUGAAUGGACGUGUUUACUGGGUUAUCUGACCAGACUUAGCUGUGCCAUCUGAACAAAACGAUAACUGGAAUGCUUCUUCUUACCAACAUUGGAAUUUUUUACUGGGUGAACUUAAUGACUGUUUCAGACAUGAGCUUUUUCCACAAAAACGCGGAAUUCUGCAUUUUUGAAUUCAAUUCCUAUGGCGACCCCUGCACCCCCAGCCGGUUAGGUGUUGGGUCCCAUGAUAAAUAACCAGAGGGUUUUUUUUUAAACCUAGGCUCAUGUCUGCUGUUUUAAGGAUGUUAUACAAUGUCGUUUAAUUUUGAAGUCAAUCGCUCAUUUCUUCGGACAUUUUGCCUAGUCAGAAGUGAUCAUCUUGUCCAGUUUCUGGUCUCUGAAGAAGAAGAGGUCUUUCAGUAAAGCACUGAUAGGUCGUUUGAUUGAUUCUGAUAUUGACAGUAGGUCUGGCCGUUCCAUGACUAAGACCUUAGUAAGAACAGCUUUGUUCAUGAUGGACAUGAAUAUUUAAAAAAAAAAAUAGAGAGUCAAAUAGAAAGAAUACGCUGUAACCAGUGAACACAAGACUUUGUGCCAAUUAAGGAAAGAGGGUCUUAACUACUUGGUGAUGUUAUAAUAUUUGAAAGAAGUUGUGAGAAUUACAGUCUCCAUAAAGGAUAUCAUUUCGCUAUUCAAACACAAUAUGGUGCUUAAGAAAAGGUGUUUAGUAAAUUGAAAAUUUUUUUUCAAUACCUUUCAUAGAUUUUGGAAGUAUUGUGAACUAUACCAGAAAUCAGCUGACUUUAGUUUGUACAUGGGCAAUAACCCUGCAUAGUGUACAGCAAAUAAAUGUGUUUAGGUAUUUAUAAACAGCUUGUUAAUAAUUUUGUGGUUUCAGGUACAUGAUUUGGAUAAACUAAUCAUGCCACCUGUUUUUCACAUAAUAAGUUUUGUGUCAUUGGUGUAAAGGAAACAAAAACAAUGAAAUUGAUGUUUCAGUUUACUUAAGUAUGUAAAGUUCAACUCGUAUGGAGUAGCAAAUAUUCUGUAAUAUCUUGUAAGUAAUUGUGAACCAGAACUGGAUUAUUUUUAAUAAAUAUGUAAUGCUCA